AUGGCCGCCCAAUAUGAACCCGAGAUUGUUUUGUACGACUUGGCCUGUACCAAGAACGUUUGUUUCUCCCCUGCAGUCUGGCGCAUCCGCCUUAUGCUUAAUUAUAAGCAUAUUCCUUACAGAACCAUCUUUCUCGAAUUCCCAGACAUUGAGCCGACGCUAAAAGGGCUCGGUCUGGUCCUAGGCGAAUCCCCUUCGGGGAAUAUAUAUAAUAAAUACACUGUACCGGUGAUUCAGCACGUGCCGACCAAUACCUACAUCAUGGACUCGGUCACCAUCGCACAGUUCCUCGAGUCGACCUAUCCGGACCCGCCGGUACCGCUGACGUCGGAGCUGGGCCUCGAGAUUGGGGCUAAAGCACGCGCUGUAGUCGGCAGGGCCUUUAGCACGUCAUUGAUGCCGCGCGAGUUAGGCAUUUUGUCCCCCCGCGCGCAGGAGUACUUUCGGCGUACGCGCGAGGAGUCGCUGGGGCACCGGCUCGAGGACUUGUUUGACAAGGAGGAAGAGGCCUGGAGCGCCGUGGGCGAGGAUAUUCGCGCCGUGGGCGAGCUGAUACAGACGCACAAGGCCGAUGGGCCAUUUGUGCUGGGUGCCCGGCCGAGCUACACCGACUUCUUCAUUGCGGGGUCCCUCCAGUCUGCGAGGAUGGUGGAUGAAAGGGUGUUCCAGAGGACUAUCAAGUACCCUGGUUAUGGUGAGGUUUACGAAGCAUGUCUACCUUACAUGGAGAAGAAGGACUGA